AAACGUUUCUGGAUGUUAACUACCACAAGUUAUUACAUUUAUCGACGAUGGCCAGUUUAGGAGCAGCAAAGGUCCCAAAAAUCAAGUUAAACAAUGGCUACGACAUACCCAUCAUUGGCCUUGGAACAUGGAGGGCAGAUCCUGGGAAAGUCACGCAGGCAAUCAAAAAUGCCAUCGAUGUUGGUUACAGACAUUUUGAUUGCGCAGCAUCCUACAGGAAUGAAGCCGAAGUGGGAAAAGGCCUUUCAGAGAAGAUUGCGAACGGAGAUGUUAAAAGAAAUGAACUUUUCAUAACCACAAAGUUGUGGAACACUUGUCACAGGCCCGAAAAGGUGGAGCCAGCUCUUAGAAAAUCAUUAAGCAAUUUGGGAUUAGAUUAUCUUGAUCUCUAUCUCAUUCAUUGGCCUAUUUCGUUUAUAUACACAGAAGGUGAACUCUUUCCAAAAGAUGAAAAUGGGAAGCAUUUGUACGAGGCAAUCGACCACGUCGAUACAUGGCGAGCAAUGGAAAAAUGUGUCGAGCUUGGACUAGUGCGCUCAAUUGGAUUGUCAAACUUCAACAGCCAGCAGAUUCAACAUGUCUUGGAUCAUUCUAAAAUCAAACCCGCAGUGAAUCAGGUGGAAUGUCAUCCCUACUUCAAUCAGAAAAAAUUGAUCGAGUUUUGCAGGAAAAAAGACAUAGUAAUCACAGCCUACAGCCCACUCGGUUCUCCUGCACGUCCUUGGGCUAAAGCAGAAGAUCCAAAUUUAAUGGAAGAACCGAGAAUCAAAUCUGUGGCUCAGCUGUACAGAAAGACACCGGCCCAGAUAUUGAUUCGCUAUCAGGUAAACGGUGCAAAUGUAUCGACCACAGAGGAUUGUUAUUGGUCGGGAACAGGUCCAAUUUGCGAUGGAAAGUGUCGACUUGGCGAGGUGUCUGAACCCCAUAAGAACGAGAGAAUUGGCUGCAUCACUGGCAGCAAAAAAUAUUGCUGCAAGACAGGCAGAAUCACAUCGUUGACCAACGUCACGGAAUUAGCUGCGCAACGUGAUAAAGAAACGUCUACGUUAUCACCAUCGACGACAGAUGAUUGCUACUGGGUGGGUAAGUCGCCCAACUGCGAAGGAUCUUGCCUCGAAGGUGAUUACAUGGCGAGCACGUCUCGAACAGGCAACGGCUCCACGUGCAUCGUUGGCAAAAAGAAAUAUUGCUGCAAAGGAUCAAUGACUCCAAUGAAUAACUCAACCACGUCCAUCACCUCUGCGAAUGUAUCGAUGGCAACUGCCUCCAAAGAGAAACAAACACCUCUCGAAAUAACGGACAAUCAAUGCCACUGGGUGGGUGAGCCGCCUCUUUGUUUAGGUUCGUGCAAGUUUGGCGAAUACGUGGCGGCCAAAUCACCUGCAGGCGACGGAGGAGCAAAGUGUGAAAGUGGCCAGAAGAAGUAUUGCUGUGCACGCGCAAAACCGACGGACGGCCAGACUGGCCUAGCAAAGAAAACAGUGAGGGAUAGUAACAAGCAAAGUUACAACGACGUCGAUCCCAUUUCGAAUUCCAGCAGUCGACCCGUUCAGCCGUGGCUUCGACCAACACCAAGGGAUUUAUCUGUCAAUGCCACUGGCAUCAAACAUCGCGUGAACGUCGUUAAAAUUAAGCGGAAAUUGGGAUUAGCCACAACCCAAUCGACGUCCGUUUCGACGUCGACAGAGACGCCAACAACGACAACCUCUACUACGUCUUUAACGCCUUCAAUAACAACAGAGACGCCAACAACGACAGGGUUCGCUACAUCUACAACAGCACCUACUACGUCUUCAACAACAACGCCUACUCCAACGUCGAUAAAGGUCAACGUGGCGAAAAAGUUUCUUCCUCUUCCUGACAUUCUGCCAGUGCCAUUAAUGUUCCGUUCACGCCCAGUAUCCAACGUAGCCAGACCGACGUCCAUUAUUCCAUUGUCGACUACGUUAGCAUCCGUCGACAAGCAAAAUGAAACGAUUGUCUUGACGACGACCGUCGGCCCGUCCACAGUUGGUCGACCCGGCGAAUCAUUACAAGUCAAUCAAUAGCUGUAAUUGAGAUCAGAGAUUGUCUGUCUGAAGUUGAUUCUAUUU